CAAGUCCACAAGUCACGUCCGGUCAGGUUCAAGUUCAAUGUGCAGAUAGCCGCGGGCACAGGAAGCACUCGAUUGCAGUUGUGCAAACCAGUUAGACGCGCUCCUCGAUGGCUGUUUAUUUGGGGUUUAUUUAACGCCGAUCUCUUCCAGUUACCAGGCGUAUCGAGGAGGCAUCCGCAUGGCGCUGGUGGCGGAGGCACCUCCGCGGGUAUUCUUUGCAUAAUCCAUCACCACCUAGUAGGGUGCCUCUAGCGAUCGUUCCAAGGCACUGGGCACACACACGGCGUUAAAUACUAAUAAAAUAAAUUGAAAAUAAAAGAGCAGGGCAAAAUGUUUCUGGUAAAAUCUCCGCCAGGUGGGUGCAUCGGCAGCGACGCCGCUUUGUCAUUCGACUGGUUCCAGCUGCGCCUCUUCGAGCCACAAAACCAGACCACUUUCUUGGCGCUCAGCUCAGUUGCCGAAAGAAAGUCCGACGAGUCGUGACCGACCGGGAGCCGCGUGGAAAAUCUCAGUCUCGAUCUUCAAAACUCCAGCAGAGCCAACUUGGAUUUGGUUGGAUUCGGAUUCGGAGUCGGAGUCGAAAGUUGUGUUGAUGUUCGCGUCGAUUUUGGAAUUUGUUUUUCCAAACUACUGCGUAGAGUUUAGUUCGCGCUUUGUCUAACGCUCAAAAUGUGCAAUUUGUUUUGGCUUUCGGCCUGUUUUUUGGCCCUCUGUCUGCCCCAUGCCCUCAGCGAAUCCAAUGCCACAAGUGUUGAGGCGACGCCUAAGACUGAGUCAAAAGCAGAGCUGGUGCCCACGGCGGAGAAACUGAUCCGCUAUCGCCGUCAGCCACCCUACGCCGUGAUCAAGCGCUCCAAGCUGCGCCGGCGGACUAAGGGUCAUCCGAAGAUUAAGUACGGACCACCACCGCCCCACAUUCGCUACUCGAAACCAUCGUUCCCUACCCAUACCCAUAUCGAGGAGCCCAGCUUCUCCCUCGAUGACUUUCAGCACCUGAAGUUCGAUGGUGCGGACUUUAAGAUACCCACUUCCAGCUACGAAGCGCAGUCCAUGGAUCUGGACUUCUACAAUCACGAUACGGAACCGGAUCUCUAUGGAGCGCACAAAUUCCCGAGCCUGGACUUUGGCUUAGUGACCACACAUGAGCAUGUUCCUCACCAAAAGUACGGCUUGCCUCCUGUGCAGCAGAGCUUUCAGCCGGAUCACUCUUUUGCUUCGCACUAUGAGCCACCUCCAGCUCCGGCUCAUCCGCCGGCUACCCGCUAUGGAGUACCCGACGCUCCGGCUCCAGUGCCCAGCUACCCGCAUCAGGAUCUGCCAGCUCCUGACUCCUAUUCCAUAUAUGAACAGAAGAUUCCCAAUGUGGGCUACCAUCAGAACUUUGCGGAACCACCCAAGCAUCCGCCUAAACAUGGUUCCAUCAAUAAUCCUAACUUUGAGAUCGCCUAUUCUCCGCCCGCGUUUGAGAUCAGCACUUCCUAUCAGUCCAAUCACCACCAGAGCUAUGUUCCACCCCAUCCCCCGUCAUCACAUGAUGGGUUUGCGGAGCCACCGUCAAAUAAUUAUGUGAAGCCCCCUCCCCAGCAUCCUCCAACUAAUAGUUACGCACCACCCCAACAUCCUUCUUCGAGCUAUGACCAGCCACCACAGCAUCCAUCAUCCAGCUAUGACCAGCCACCGCAGCAUCCAUCAUCGAGUUAUGACCAGCCUCCACAGCAUCCUCCUCCCAGCUAUAGUCAGCCUCCUUCUAGCUAUGAUCCGCCUGCUCAACAUCCCUCAUCCAGUUAUGAUCAACCUCCUAAACAUCCAUCUUCAAGUUACGAGCAACCUCCGCAGCAUCCCUCCUCCAGCUACGACCAACCUCCCCAACAUCCCUCCUCCAGUUAUGAUCAACCUCCUCAAGAGCACCCAAGCUCCUACCAACAUCCUCCAACAUCCACGUACGAUCAAGCACCGCAGCAUCCACCAUCAAACUAUGUUUCCUCCGAUUCCCAUUCCAUCAAUACAUAUCCGCAGGACGAUUACGCACCACCGUCGCAGGAGUUGCCCUUAAAUCCACACCACAAGUUUCCUAGUUUCGACUUUCCCAAAUCCAGCUACGAAGUGCCCAUCUACGAUCCCGUUCCUUUCGAAGCCUCCAAUCGCGAUGAACAGGAGUCAUAUCCACCCAUCUUGGCAUCCUCUCCCGAUCUGAAUGAGAUAACUUCAGAUGCCCAUGCGGCUGGUAGUUCCAAGCGGCGUAAGAGGAAGCGAAAGCCCACUCCUGGAGUUGUCCCCGCAAAGCAUACGCUUGAUGUUCCAGAGCUACAGCAGGCCUAUGAUGCGGAUAGCCACUUGGGGGAGUCACACGAAAAUGCAGAUACGGAUGCAAAUAGCUCUCACUAUGUAGAGAGGAAGCAGAGCUUCUUCAACUUUGUUACGCCCACAACCACGACGACGACGACUCCGGCUCCUUGGACUCCAAUGAGGGGCAGGAGUAGUACGACCCGUACGGCAUUCAUACCAACCAUUGUAACAAGUACUCCGAAAACUCCCACUACUGAUCGCAGUAGACAUCGUGGCUCAUCUCGGUAUCGCACAAAGCAGCAACCCGUGAAUCCCAGUUCACCCGAUCGCACCAACACCAGCGUUCAAAUCGAUCAAUCCCACUCGCAAAGCUAUUACGAUGGAACCAUUGCACCACCGACCAGGCAACAGUUUUCACCCACAACCGGAGGACGUGGCUCGAGACCUACAAGACCUAGUUACGUCAGAACCCACGGCCCGGUGUCACCACUGGCAUUACAGCCCGCCGAUGGUAGGGGUCCACCCACAUCCAAGCGGACCACUAAGGGCGUCUUCGACACGACGCUGUUCAAGAGUCCCCUCAGCGAUCGGGAGAUGGAGAGAAAUCUCCAUGGGCUGCGUCAGAACUUGCCAAAAAAUCAUAAACUAUUCUGAAUUCUCAACGAAAUCAAAAGGAGGCAUAGCAUAAAGACUUGUUUAAAUAGUUCUUAGUUGUUUAAAAUAUGUUAAUACGUUUUGUCCCUAGAUUUAGGCUAAUAAUGUUGAAUAUAUUUAAAUAAUAAAUAGAUCGAGUUCCAAAUAAAAC